AUUUCUUAUGUUUGCAUGCAGUCAUUGUGCAAUCUGAAGCAUUUCAGAGAUGAUUUUCUAACUGAGCCACUUGUAUGGAUCCCGUCUGCUGACAAUGUCUGCAUAGCUCAGCAAUUUUAUGAAAUUUUCACUUCUUGGGAGAAAAAUGACUACCACUUAACGGAUGUUGUACUGACUUACAUGAAGACCCUUCUUUGUGGAGUAGAUUGCACCAUUUUUUCUGAAAAGUUGCAGGUUGGGUCAAAUUUUGCUUCUGAGAUUGCGGCCACAAUUCUCAUUGGAUUGCAUAUGUCAGAAACUUGUUCACGUUUUAGUUUAAACAAGGAGACGGAGAUCACGUGCGGAGAUUGCAUAUGCCCAACACAUAAUCUUUUUGGGAUCAAAUUCAAUGUGCAAAUGAGCUGCGAGUGUGGGAAGUGUUCUGGCGAAUACCCAUAUACCGCACUUUUCCAUAAACUUGAUGCUGGUUCACCUCAAACAACAAAGAUCAAGUCCUUUGCAGAGCUUCCAGUUCUAUUGGAUGAACAGUUCUGUAUGGACAACAAAUGCAAGGAUUGUGGAAUUAUGCUGAAUAUUGAUCUGUUGCUUUCAAACACACCACAUUUCUUUACAAUAGUUUUGAACUGGCUUGGUGGCAGUGAAAGCCAGGACACACUCUCUGAAGUCCUGGCUGGCAUCACGUCACCUGUUGACACUGGAUUCUUUUGCAAAAGUGCCGAUUCUUCAACUAUGUAUACUGUCACCUCCAUGGUACGUCCACAGCAAAUUGUUAUUUUCUCCUAAAUGGAUUGUUAAAAGAACUGAACAAAUACUUCUAUCAGCUAUUUGGUAUUGGUUGAUACAUUCAUUGACCUGCAAAUUUACAAGUUAUGUUGAUUAUUGUUACUUCUUCCUUGGCUGUGGUUCGAUGCUACGUCAAUUUUGAGAUGUGCCCGAUGCUUCUCAUUAUCAGCAUAAAUGUUGUGUUAUACUCACAAAUGGAGAGGAACCAAGUUUUUAAUUAGUGUAAGAUUGAAGCAAGGCUCCUGUUAUUGUGGAAUGAAAUGGAGCACGGUACUAUAUGGCACUGCCACCAGGUUCAAACUGACUAGGUUACCUUGACAAGGCAUUUCUGCUAUUUCUAAAGAAUUGGAUAAUGGGUUUGACUAUGAUACGUCAUAACUGAGUUGGUGAUAUCAUAUAAUUGCUUGAGGAUAUGUUUGCAAGUUGUCAAAUCGGUCCCAUCUGUGGUAUACGUUCUCCUGUCUACUUCAUAGAUAUCAAAAUAUUUGAGAGAUUCAACAGAAGAAUUUUGACAAGAAUCAACAGCAUGUGUGAUCCUAAUGUUGCUAAGGUUUUUGUUAAAACUUCCAAUUGAUUGAACAUUGGAGAACUAUCAUAUGUAGGUAACCUGUUUGAACCUUGUAACCUCUGCUGCUCUCACACGUAUAUCUUGCAAUAUUUUCCGUCUCUUCAUAUAUAAUAGGAAAUGGUCUCAUGAAAUCACAUGGAGUGUUUGCAGAACAUAAGCUGGAGUAACCCCUUUGUGCCCCUCUCUCUCUCUCUCUCUCUCUCUCCCUCUCUCUC